AUGUCAAUAACACCACACAUGGACCUAUCCGACCAGCUACAUCCGAUGGACCUGAUUCAGAACAUUCUGUGGACGAGCUCCCGGUCUGGGGCCCCGCACACCCGGAUUACCCUCCGCUUCGUCACACCCCGGAUUAUUCUCCACAGCCUCAUUGCAGACGCAGAUGAAUCUGUGGUUUGGAAAGGGUAUUCUUCUGUCGCAGCGCCUGCUGGUCAGCUACAUGGCGAUGCUGCACCGCAAACGGCAGACUACAAGAUACUCAGAAAGAAUCCCCCUAAAGAAGCCGAAAACUUCGAACAAGCCGAGGAUUUCGACGACUCCGAUGACUCCGACGACUCCGAUGACCCAUGCAAGCUCUACAAAAGCCUCCCGGCUGGCUUCCCACGACUGGCUGAGUUCAUGGCCAGUAAGCCUGAACGAGCCCUCUUCCGUACCUUCAAAACCCUCGGGGUGCAAAAUCUCCACUACAUGCAGGCUGAACUUGACUAUCUAGAGUGGAAGCUUGGUUUAUCGAUGGAGAUGGAGCAAAACUCCGGGCUCACUGCAAAAUUAGCCACUGACUGGGGCUUUUCUAUAAUGAAGAGUCCGGCCUGUGCAUCCGAACAGUAUCACAUCAUUAUGGAAAUCCGCCAAAAGCUUGAAAAAUAUGGUACAGUCGAGUCCCCGACAGAAGAAGCUCUGCUACGACAGCGAAAGCUCAACAAGAUAUCGCCACCUGAUCACUUCGACCUUGAACAAGUCCAAGCCUACAACGUGUCUAAAGCUGUGGAGGAUGGCCUCAUACAUCACUACAAACCUAUGUUUGGCGAUUCUGACGAUGAAACUAAAACCGCCACGGACCUGAUCCCCCUCGCAUCCCGCGAAUACAGCGACUUGUUUACUUUUUGGGUUUGCGAACAGUCGCUCACCAUCUUGAGAAUCUUUCAACGAUUCUUGCCAAAGGACAAGGUCAGCGGUAAAGCGAUUAUCAACGACUGUUAUCUCAGUUAUUUUACCUACUACUUCACGGCAGUGAUUGCCAGUUUGGUGCCCGCUGUUGUUGCGCACCUUUCUCAGCAGGAACGAGACAUAGCGCAGUUCAUGGUCAUGACAUCGACAAACCUCCUAGUUUCCGGUUGCAUGACCUAUUUCACAGGCACCGAAAGGUCGGAUCUCUUUGUCGUGAGCGUCUUGUUCUCAAUCUUCCAGUUGCUGUUGUUUUCAAAACAGUAG